CGCCGCUCGCACGCACAGCGCCUUCGCUGUUCCCUCCGGGAGCCCGAGCCGCGCUCGCCGCCGUGCCGGCGAGGAGGGGCAGCAAUAACUCGCCAACCUGCGCGCACUGACCGCGGCCACCUGGCGCUGUGGCCGGCACAGCCUCCCCAGGGCGGCUGCCACCGCUCCUUGCACCGGCGGGGACAGCGCUGCUGCUGCUCUGCCGAGCAUCGGUUAAGUGCUUCUUCUGCAUGACCAUGACCAAAGGGUGACCCAUCCACUCCCCUGUGUCCUAUGGGGACCUCAGAGCCAGUUUCUCAGUCUUCAUCUCCUCCUCCUCCUCCUCCACUCCUCCUCCUCCUCUUACCACUGCUGCUGAUGGCCUGGGUGCUGCUCCCAGGUUUGAGACAUUGUUGACAGGCUGAAGAAAGGAUUUGCAAAGACCUCCUCACUGUGUAAACGAAGUGAUGGCUGGAAUUAACUUCAACUCUCCAAGUAAAGACAUUAAACAGCAAGUUUGCUAGGCCAAAGCAUCACCAGGAACAAAAUAUGAGGAAAGAGACUAUUUGCAUUUGGUUUCAAUGAAGAGCUAAAACCAUCUGUGGAGAGCAGGUACCUUUUGGUUUGCAUAUUGUUUUUUUCCUGAGGAAUGCGGCCUUUAUAGCCCGCGAGGCAGUCAUGAUUCUGAUCAGGUAGAGCUGCAGGAGAUAAAUGAAAAUAAAGGGGCUUGGUGGAUGGAAGAACAAGGUCUCAGCUGUCCUCUGGUUCACUUUGAGAAUUUCAUCUUUUCUCGUUAGCAGAACAGCAGAGAGAAGGGCAAGAAAAUGCGGCUGUGCGCUUUCCCAAAGCUCGGCCUCGCCCUCACAGCCGCGCUGCCGCGCCCGCUGCCCUGCAGGCGCAGAUGGCUCUGAGCGUCCCGCAGAACUGGAGGUGACCCGGUAGACAGAACCAAACCUCGUUGCAGCGGCCAGAGCGGACAAGAGCCAGCGGGAUGGAGGUGGCCAUGGUGAGCGCCGACAGCUCGGGGUGCAACACGCACCUGCCCUACGGCUUCGCGGCCCAGGCGCGGGCGCGCGAGCGGGAGCGGCUGGCGCAGUCGCGGGCGGCGGCGGCGGCGGCGGUGGCGGCGGCCACGGCGGCCGUGGAGGCCGGGGCGGCCGGCGGAGGGGGGCCCUACCACCACUACCACCAGGAGCAGGGCCGCGGGGCCUCCUCGGCGCAGCCGCGCCGCCAGGGCGGCAGGAGGAGGAAGAGGGGCAAAAGGAGGAGCCGCCACCUGGGGGGCAGGGAGUGCGGGGCCUCCUUCCCCUGCUCGGAGCUGCUGCCGCUCGGCGGCUCCGAGGAGAGGAUCCUGAAGGACUUGAGCGAGGAGGAGGAGGAGGAGGAGGAGGAGGACGACGAGGAUGAGGAAGAAGGAAAGCUCUACUACAGCGACGAGUAUGGGGAGGAUGAGUUUUCCUACUCGGAGGGGCCGCCCGACGACGGCGGAGGCGCCGGGGGUUACGGCGCCGUGCGCUACAGCGAGUACGAGUGCUGCGAGCGCGUGGUGAUCAACGUGUCGGGGCUGCGCUUCGAGACCCAGCUGAAAACCCUGGCUCAGUUCCCAGAGACGCUGCUGGGGGACCCAGCCAAGCGGGGCAGGUACUUCGAUCCUCUCAGGAACGAGUACUUCUUCGACAGGAACCGGCCCAGCUUCGAUGCCAUCCUCUACUACUACCAGAGCGGGGGCCGGCUGAAGAGGCCGGUCAACGUGCCCUUCGACAUCUUCUCUGAGGAGGUGAAGUUCUACCAGCUCGGGGAGGAGGCCAUGCUCAAGUUCAGGGAGGAUGAAGGUUUUGUCAAAGAGGAGGAGGAGAAGGUUUUGCCGGAGAACGAGUUCAAGAGGCAGGUUUGGCUGCUGUUCGAGUACCCGGAAAGCUCCAGCCCGGCCAGAGGCAUCGCCAUCGUCUCCGUCUUGGUCAUCUUGAUCUCCAUCGUCAUCUUUUGUCUGGAGACUUUGCCAGAGUUCAGAGAUGACAAAGAAUUCGUCAUGUCCCUGAGCUUAGGGAAGGGGCUUUCCAACGAGUCCCUCCGCCUGGAGGCCGGGGAGCACACCAUCUUCAACGACCCCUUCUUCAUCGUAGAGACCGUGUGCAUCAUCUGGUUCUCCUUCGAGUUCACGGUGCGCUGCUUCGCGUGCCCCAGCAAAGCCCACUUCUUCAAGAACGUCAUGAACAUCAUCGACAUCGUGUCCAUCUUGCCUUACUUUAUCACGCUGGGCACGGACCUGGCGCAGGAGCAGGGCAGCCAGCAGGCCAUGUCCUUCGCCAUCCUGCGCAUCAUCCGCCUGGUCCGCGUCUUCCGCAUCUUCAAGCUCUCCAGGCACUCCAAGGGUUUGCAGAUCCUGGGCCACACGCUCAGGGCCAGCAUGAGGGAGCUGGGCCUCCUCAUCUUUUUCCUUUUCAUCGGGGUCAUUUUGUUUUCCAGCGCUGUUUACUUCGCGGAAGCUGACGAGCCUGCCACCCAUUUCCAAAGCAUCCCGGAUGCCUUUUGGUGGGCUGUGGUGACCAUGACUACAGUCGGUUAUGGGGACAUGAAACCCAUAACUGUGGGUGGGAAAAUAGUCGGGUCCCUGUGUGCCAUUGCAGGAGUGUUAACCAUUGCUUUACCAGUGCCAGUGAUUGUCUCCAAUUUUAACUAUUUCUACCACAGAGAAACUGAGAACGAGGAGCACACGCAGAUGAUGCAAAAUGCGGUCAGCUGCCCUUACCUCCCUACAAAUUUACUGAAGAAGUUUAGAAGCUCGUCGUCUUCAUCCACGGAGGAUAAAUCAGAGUAUUUGGAGAUGGAGGAAGGAGUUAAAGAAUCUCUUUGUGUAAAGGAGACUAAAAGCCAGGACACGGGGAAUAGCAGUGAGUCAGAGAAGAAAAACUGUGUAAAUUCAAAUUCUGUGGAAACUGAUGUGUAAUUUUGAGCGUUUCCAAAUACAUUUAUGCAUUAAAGAGUGCAGUGAAAAUAAUGAAAUAUGCAAACAAGAGUCUGCAGCAUACAGUAGUAUGCCGUUUAGUGGUUAAAUACAAAUAAAAGGCAUUGCUAAACACCUAUUACAUAUCAAAUAAGUGGUACAACUUGAGGAAAGGAUUGCUAGAUCUGAUACAUUUUCAGACUUUAUAUUUUUAUUAGAAUGCAAGUGUUUUGCACAUGAGGCUAAAAAAUUUAUUAAGACCAAGUCAGUUUUAAAGUGGGUGCAUGAACUGUCGACAUCACUAAUAACAGCUCUGUGGUAAAAGUUGGCAUUCAGAGGUAUUUACUAUGUAAGAAACAAUGAAGUUUGGUAGUCAUUUAUCUAUUUAUCAGUGCUUUAAUAGCAGCUACCAUAAAUCAUUGGAUACCAUAGUCAUUGUUUUUCAAAUGGUAAAUUUAUUGUAAAAAGAUAUUCUACAGAAGAUAGAUCUAAAUUUUUUUUUUUCUUGAAAUCUAUAAUGCUUGUUUUUAACUGGAAAUUUACUUUGAAAAGGCUGUUGACCCUCCAGAAAUUGUUUAUUUUUAUAACUCUCUUUGGAGGCAUUGCAGCAUUUGUUGUCUAAUAAUGAAAGAAAUGAAGUAAGAGAAUUGUUAAACCUGGUCUGACUGCAGAGGCAAAAUGACUGGAAUGCUCUUUUGCACUACUUUAUAUGCUGGAGAUAUAUUGAAAGAGACUUCAUACUGUGAAUGUUUACUAAUGUAAUAGUUCAAUGACAAUCAUUGGAAGAGUGAAUUCUGCAUCAUAUUUUAUUGUUUCUUCUUUCUCUGUGAUGCUGAUGGCACAACAGCUGACAUUACAUUAAUUCCAUACUCUUUUUAAUUCUGAAUAUCUGUGAUCUGGAAAAGGAUUGUGAAGUAAAAUUUUCUAAUCAAAUUUAUUUGAAAUUGGUGUUUUCUACUGAUGCCCUCAAGAAGUACCAACCUAAUUUAUAUCUUUUUUUUUUUUCUGCUUAAUUUAGCAUUCAGAAGCUGUGAUUAGUACAUGCACUUUGCCAGUGUUGAGGAAAUUCUGUGUAUGGGAGGAGAAGGUAGAACUAAUAAGAUACUCAGUUGUUACAGUGCUGACAAUUGAGGAUUGCUAACUUUUAAUAAUGUGCUAUUAUUGGUGCUGCAUUUUCCCUUGAGCACAGCUUUCACCCAUGUAUAUUUGAGGCAACGUUUAAGAUCUAAAAGAGGCAUUUUGGGCUUCAAAAUGAAGGUAUUGGGUCCCAUGGAGUCCUUGUGAAAACAUUCCAUGGUUUCUUUUCACCGAUUCUUGGGCCAGCUCUGUUUUACUAUGUGUCAAAACCUCCCAUUGCCCUUCCUAGGAGGUUCAGGUAGGUAAAGAUCACCUGGCUUGAGUGUAUUCCAGAGUCCAGAAUGAGAUAACUAAGAUAUUGCUGCAUACAACAUAAAUAAUAGAUUCAGAACAAGGUUUUUUUCAGACUUGCCAUUACCAAGGGAAGGCACAAUUAAACUCUGACUUUCUGUAGAGGCACUAUGGAACAUUCCAGAUGAUAAAACUUGAACCAAAUUGGCAUAUGCACUUUAAGGUCUGGGACAGGCUGUUAUGGGAGAAAAAAGGUCUUACCAAUACCACAGAAUCACAAUAUUCAUUUAAAGCUAAGUGGAGAGUUUUUGCAGGGGGAAGAACUUGUUAGUGACAACAACAACAACAAAAGCACUCGGAAUUGGGCAUCCAUGAUACUACACAUGAUCCAUCAGAUAAGUCUUGU